AGAUCACAACCUUCUCCUUUUUUCUUUGUUUGAUGUCAAUGAGUGAAAUGAAGAGAACUCAACGGUUCAAACGAGUCCUCAAACCCAACAAGACGAUCGAAAGUUUUGCGUUCAAUGACGAUCACGAAAAAUCAAAGCUCAAACCCAAAGUCAAAGCUCAAUCCCAGUUCGAUUCAAUCUCAAUAACCCAUCAUCUAUCUUUCGAGAAAUCAACAAUCUUGGCUCCCGAUUUCUGUCAAAUCGACGCGCUCGAUCUCGCGCCACUUCUUCUAGGCAAGUACCUUAGGAGAGAUGAUGUUGUUCUUCAGAUUACUGAGGUCGAAGCUUAUAGACCAAAUGAUUCAGCUUGUCACGGUCGAUUUGGUGUCACGGCAAGAACUGCCCCUGUUUUUGGACCUGGUGGCCACGCAUAUGUUUACCUUUGCUAUGGUCUUCAUAACAUGCUCAAUGUUGUGGCAGACAAGGAAGGAGUUGGUGCGGCUGUCUUGAUUCGUUCCUGUGCUCCUGUCAGUGGGUUGGAGACUAUUCAGCAGCGUCGUGGUGUGAAAACUGAGAAGCCUGUUCUUCUCUCUGGGCCUGGAAAGGUUGGUCAAGCACUCGGGCUUUCAACGGAAUGGUCUAACCAUCCUCUUUUCACUCCUGGUGGUUUAGAACUCUUAGAUGGGCCGAAGCCAGAAAAGAUGCUAAUUGGUCCUCGUGUAGGCAUUGAGUAUGCUUCGCCUGAACAUGUCAGUGCUUUAUGGAGAUUUGCCAUUGCAGAUACCCCUUGGAUAAGUGCUCCCAAAAACACCCUCAGGCCACCCGAAUCUUCAAUUGUAGGUAGUGAGGAACCUUACUUGGGGGAUCAGGGCGAGGAAGGAAAAGGGAGGAGAAUAAAAAAAGAGAGGGUAAAAUAGCAAAGGAAUUUAUAAUUUGUGAAAUUUGUACUAGUAAUUUAGAGAAAGAAUCCAAAAAUGGGGAAACAAAAUUUAUGGACUCCCAUUUUUGUCUCAUAUUGCCGCAUUGCUCGAGUUUUGGAUUGUACAUGAUGACUAUUACUCUCAUGGGUGCUUUGUAUUUUUAUGACACGUUUAAAAAUCCCUUCCACAAAAUUCUAGAUAAUCAAUGCGAAGCUUGAGAAGUUUCUUCA